GCAGGCUGAACUCUAAGAACUAUGACCUGGCUUUUGUGAAGUGACUGUGGCGAUCUCAUUCUAGUUCUCAGUAGACCAGUGGAUGCGUCAUAACUGGCUGUAAGCACUUCUCAUGGCAAAAAUACCAGGAGUCAAAGAUGAGCAGGAACUUGUAUUAAAGCAUUAUGAAUUUUUUAACAUUACUUAUGAGGAGAUAGGAGCAGACUUGUUGUAUACUGUUCAGCUUAAGGAAAAAAAAAUCCUGCAAAAGAAAUUUUGAUCUGCAGAGAGAGAGAGGGAAAGAGAAAAAGCACCUGCAGUGUUAUAAAUCCAUCAUGGCAAGAGAGGUCACCUGCUGCAAGUUGGUUUCAGUUGGCCUUCCCCCAUGAAAAAUAAUUGGUGCAGGGAGAGAAGGAAAAUGGAGAUGUGUUGAAGUAUGUAAAUAUUUUCAUAAAUAGAAAGAAGGUGACCUUCAGCUGGGCCAAAGUUUAUUUUAAUUCUUGCCAUUCUUUAACCUGCCUGUAUGUGGAGGAAUUUACCACAGGGUAUUCCAGAUUAAUGGUCUGUUUAAAAACAAAAUGAAACACAACAACGAAAUCAACUGAAAAACUGCCCCCAGUUCACAGCUUCAUAGUACUUUGCUGACAGUUUUGUACUAAUGUAAGUUGUUAAUCUCUGGUGCACUGAUGUAACUAAAAAUACUUAGAUAUUUUUCAGGAUCAACCUUACAUGGCAGGAUAUGUAGACAUAGCAACAUAUUGCCCUCAGUGUACACAUUAAUUGAGGAAUGUAUUUGAAAACAAAAUAGGGGAAGUUCUUGCAAUCUCAUCUGUCCAACGUGACUGCUGUUACGGAACAAGUGAGACUGUUCCUGCCCAGUGCCAAUAUGCUGGUAAAUUCCUGCAUUCUGAUUCCCUGCAUUCCUCUUACGCAAGCUACACGACUGAAGAACCUGUAAGGUUAUCAGAGAUGGUGAUUUGAAGAAUCAGGUUUCCGAUAUGAACAAAGUAAAAUUAUCAUCUGAAAAAAGUGUUUCUACCAAUUCUCGGACUAUGUCUCUGCUGUCACAGCUGGAGAAGAUCAAUUUGGACUCUGUAUUAGGAGAAGCAGAUAAUGCCAGAUAUGUUACCUCAAAGAUCCUUCAUCUGGUUCAGAGUCAGGAAAAAACCAGGAAGGAGAUGACAUCUAAGGGUUCCACUGGAAUAGAAGUUAUCCUGUCAACCCUAGAGAAUACAAGAGAUCCUCAAACUAUUCUAAAUAUACUAAAUAUUCUCAUUGAACUAGUCUCAAUUGGUGGUGGUCGGAGAGCAAGUGUCUUGGUCACUAAAGGAGGGACACAGAUCUUGUUGCAGCUGCUUUUGAAUGCCAACAGAGAGUCUCCUCCAAAUGAAGAAUUAAUGGUGCUUCUUCAUACGCUUCUUGCAAAAAUUGGCCCAAAAGACAAAAAGAUUGGCAUGAAGGCAAGAAUUAAUGGUGCCCUGAACAUAUCAUUGAAUUUAGUGAAGCAGAAUUUGCAGAACCACAGGCUAAUUUUACCAUGCCUUCAAGUAUUACGAGUUUAUUCAACCAACUCUGUAAAUGCAGUGUCCUUGGGAAAGAAUGGAGUAGUAGAACUGAUGUUUAAGAUCAUUGGCCCUUUUAGUAAAAAGAACACUAGCCUUAUGAAGGUUGCUUUAGACACACUUGCUGCAUUGCUAAAAUCAAAAACAAAUGCCAGGAGAGCAGUAGACAGAGGAUAUGUGCAUGUGCUUUUAACAAUUUAUGUUGAUUGGCAUCGUCAUGAUAGUCGACACAGAUAUAUGCUGAUACGUAAAGGAGUUUUACAAUGUAUUAAAAGUGUUACGAACAUCAAAUUGGGAAGAAAAGCAUUCAUUGAUGCGAAUGGGAUGAAAAUUCUUUACAACACUUCACAAGAGUGCCUUGCAGUAAGAACUCUUGAUCCCCUUGUCAACACAUCCAGCCUAAUAAUGAGAAAAUGUUUUCCGAAGAAUCGUCUUCCUUUACCAACUAUUAAAAGUGCUUUUCAUUUCCAACUCCCAGUUAUUCCUGCCAGUGGUCCUGUGGCUCAACUGUACAAUUUGCCUCCUGAUGUGGAUGAUGUAGUAGAUGAAAGUGAUGACAAUGAUGAUGCUGAAACAGAAUCAGAAAUUGAAACUGAAAUUGAGGAUGACAAGGACCAACAUUUUAAGAAUGAUGAUAUUGAGACUGAUAUUAAUAAACUGAAGCCUAGACAGGAAUUGGGACGACCCUUAGAAGAAUUGAAAAUGUAUGAGAAAUUUUUCCCAGAACUUUCAGAAAACUUUCAGGAAUGUGACUUAGUCUCUAAGGAACCAAAGCCUUUUGUACCUGAUGCAAAUCUGGGUGGACCUAUUGUUGUUCCUACAGCAGGAGAGGAGGUCUCCGCUGAAGCAAACCUCUCAGUAAAAGGAAUUUCUUUGAAGGAGAGCAAUCCUUUAUUGACUGAGGAAUGCAAUAGGAGGCCAGCCUUUCUGGAACUACCAAAGAAAGAUAGUAUCAAAGUCAGUAGUUUACUUCAGCAAAAUGAUCAAAGGAAGCUGCUUCCAUCAUGCCAGUGUCUAAGCCAAGAAAUUGUCAAAGGCUUGGACAGAAUCAGUUUGCAGAACAGUACAAAAAGUGAUCAGUAUUAUGCAGGGUGUGUAAUAAAAAAGGAAAACAAAGCUAGCCUUACCCCACUUGCAUGUAGUAAAACUUGUGAACAUGUUUCACCCUGUGGAGGUAGUCUUUUUGAAGGAUCAUCUGUCCACCUGGGAAAACUCUGUUGCACUGGAGUGGAUUCGGAGGAGGAGGAUUCCAGAUCUAGUUCAUCAGGGGAACAAGUGGUGCUUGAAGUUUCUGAUGUAUCGCCAGUUCACGACUGUGAUCUCUAUAUUGAAAUGGUGAAAAACACAAAAUCUAUUCCUGAAUAUUCAGAAGUGGCCUAUCCAGAUUAUUUUGGCCAUAUUCCACCCCCAUUUAAAGAGCCUAUUCUGGAAAGACCUUAUGGAGUGCAGAGGACAAAAAUCUCUCAAGAUAUUGAAAGACUGAUUCAUCAAAAUGACAUUAUAGACAGAAUUGUAUAUGACCUUGAUAAUUCCAGUUGGUCAGUGCCAGAGGAAGCAGAUGUUUUGAAGUUUAAUUCCAAGUUUGAAUCUGGAAACCUGCGCAAAGUUAUUCAAAUCAGAAAAAAUGAGUAUGAUCUAAUUCUGAACUCAGAUAUAAAUAGCAAUCAUUAUCAUCAAUGGUUUUACUUUGAAGUCAGUGGGAUGAAAACAGGCAUUGGUUACCGGUUUAACAUCAUCAACUGUGAAAAGUCAAACAGUCAGUUUAACUACGGCAUGCAGCCCCUUAUGUAUUCUGUUCAGGAAGCAUUAAAUUCUCGACCAUCUUGGACUCGUGUUGGGACAGAUAUUUGUUACUAUAAGAAUCAUUUUUCAAGAAGUUCAAUUGCUGCUGGGGGUCAGAAAGGAAAAUCUUAUUACACAAUUACGUUCACAGUGACUUUUCAACAUAAAGAUGAUGUCUGCUACUUUGCUUACCAUUAUCCGUAUACAUACUCAACUUUAAAGAUGCAUCUUCAGAAGUUGGAAUCUAUGCACAACCCUCAACAGAUAUAUUUUCGACAAGAUGUUCUCUGUGAGACCCUGGCUGGCAACAGUUGUCCCUUAGUCACUAUUACAGCCAUGCCAGAGUCAAAUUACUAUGAACAUAUCUGUCAGUUUAGGAAUCGUCCUUAUAUUUUCCUAUCUGCUCGUGUACAUCCUGGAGAGACUAAUGCAAGCUGGGUUAUGAAGGGAACACUGGAAUAUCUUAUGAGCAAUAACCCAAAUGCCCAAAGUUUACGAGAAUCUUAUAUUUUCAAAAUUAUUCCCAUGCUCAAUCCGGAUGGUGUCAUCAAUGGAAACCACCGUUGCUCUUUAAGUGGAGAAGACUUAAACAGACAGUGGCAAAAUCCAAAUCCAGAUCUGCAUCCAACCAUUUACCAUGCUAAAGGCUUACUGCAAUAUCUGGCUGCUAUUAAACAUUUACCUCUGGUUUACUGUGAUUAUCAUGGCCACUCACGUAAAAAGAAUGUAUUUAUGUAUGGCUGCAGCAUCAAAGAGACAAUGUGGCACACAAAUGUUAAUGCUGCCUCUUGUGACCUAAUGGAAGACCCUGGUUACAGGGCACUCCCCAAGAUCCUGAGUCAAACUGCACCAGCGUUCUGUAUGGGCAGCUGCAGCUUUGUAGUGGAAAAGUCCAAGGAGUCAACAGCACGAGUUGUUGUCUGGAGAGAGAUUGGAGUACAGAGGAGCUACACAAUGGAAAGCACAUUAUGUGGAUGUGACCAGGGCAAAUAUAAGGGAUUGCAGAUAGGGACAAGAGAACUGGAGGAGAUGGGAGCCAAGUUCUGUGUUGGCUUACUGCGUUUAAAAAGAAUGGCCUCACCUUUGGAAUACAAUGUACCUUCUAGUCUUCUGGAUAUUGAAAAUGAGUUGAUUGAUUCGAGCUGUAAAGUGACAAGCCCUACUACGUAUGUUUUGGAUGAAGAUGAGCCUCGCUUCCUUGAAGAAGUUGACUACAGUGCAGAGAGUAAUGAUGAUCAAGACACUGAAUUAGCUGAGAAUGCGGGGGAUUAUGAGGCCACAAAUCAAGAAGAUGGACUCUCAGACUCAGACUCAACAAGGAUACUCCUUUCCUGAACCGUCUUUGCAGCCAGUAAUAAGAAUCAUCCUGGUUUUUAUAGUCAUACACUUCCUCACUCUCGUCUACUAAGGGGAUAAGCUUUAGGAACCACAGAUAACUGGUUCCUUUUCAAGCUCAAGGACAAUAAAUAUUUUUGAUUUCUCAUAAAUUAGCAUUUGCUUUAUUUAAAAAAAUGUGUUUUCUCUUAGCACGAACUAGAUAAAUUUAUUUACUGUUUAGUUCAUUUUCUACUAAAUAGUAUUGCAUGGUGUUUUGUGUCCUUAAAGCCUAUCAUCAAAAAAUGGAUUAUAAUUUGUGGUGUGUCAGAGUACAGAAACUAAUUCUGUGUGGUACAAUUCUUUGAGUUGCUUUCUGAAAAAUAACUUAUGUACAGAUUUUUUUAAAUUAUGUGUGUGUGUAUAUGCGUGUGUGUAUACUGAGGUGAAGAGGUUAUUUUUCAACAUUAUGUUAAGGAUUUGAUUGUGUUUGCAAUAAUGUAGUGCCUGCUCUGAAACCAUUCAAUAAUUACUAAAUUAAAAAUUAAAGAGUGAUGUAUGAAUUGUUGCACUGUUUCUUGCUUCUGAGGAUUAUAUGGUUUUACCACAGUACUAGCUGAAAAUAUAAUGUCUGUUCACAGUUUAGGAGUUUUGCACUGCAACCAAUGCAGCCUGUGUUUACAAGAACUAUAUGCUUGUUAGAAGUCUCUCCCAUAAAAUAACUAUGGUUUAAUAUGAAAAGGUUCCUUCUCAAGUGUACAUGACUACAAGAAAUGGUUAAACAUGUACAUUGUAUAUAUAUUUUAGUUACCCAGUUGCUCAGUUUUUCUUGUUCAAUAUGCACAUAGUUUAAGAGUUCACUUUACUGGGGGCACAUUAACUGCAUAUUUCCAGUUUAAAUGCUUAACGAAGGAAGGUCCAAUUUUGUUGAAACAUCUUUUGGCUGGUUUGAACCCAGUGUUAACCCUGCUUUGAGAAGAAGAUUGGACUAAGUAACCUCCUGAGGUCCUUUCUAGACCAAAUAAUUAUGCUGUGAUGCUGUAUUCUUCACUUUUCAAGCUGUCAGGCAUGGGAUUUAAUCUUCUUUGUCUUCUGUCAUCUGCCAGUUUCUAUUGACUCUUGUCUCUGCUUAGUAUGAGAUUGAAUGCACAAAUGAAGUUGCACUCUGUUGUUUACAAGAACCGACAUGUUUUGCAGUGAAAAAUGCUUUUCCAAAAUGAUUUUUACUUGAUGUGACCCCAUUGUGGCAUUCAUUUUCGGCUGCAUGUGCAAGGCAUUAAGAGCAUGAAUAAUAACACUCCUAAGUUACAGAAGGCUUUUAACUGAUGAGAACUUUGUGUACAAUUACUGUUGCAAAUAAAACUGUAUUUUAGAGGGGAAGGGUGCUGUUGGUAGAAGGAUUAAAAAAAUCAGGGAAUUAACUGUAUGAAGUGAUUCACACUGGGAGAUAGUUCUUUCACCAGAGUCUGCUGUUUCAGUGCAGCAUUGGUUGGUGAUGUCUGUCCAUAUUCUGAUGUUCAAGUCCUGGUUCUGAAACUGGGGAAGGGGUUUUGACACUCCAGUGAUAUGCUACUGUACUUCUUGUUUAAAGACUUAUAUUUAUGUUAAUAGUCAUGCACUGUUGAAAUGUAAGGCUAUAAUGGAAAUGCAUUUUUGUCCCUCUAUAAAUUUAUCUCUGUCUUGUGAAAAUGUUCGUUCCUUGUGUUCUUUGACUACAUACUGUAAAUAAGAAAGUCCCUGUUGGAGAGGAGUCCCCUGCACUGAAGCUGCUUGGGAAUUGAGAAUCUGCCAAGAAGAAGGAUUAACCUUGCCAGAAAAUUUGAAAUAUCCUUAAGUCAGGCCAGUCAGAGCAGUGCAGAAUGCCUGUAUUACUGUGCCACUUGUGUACUAGCUCUCUGCAUAAAUUUUCAUCCUUAAGGAUUCAUACUUCAGUAACUUCCAUAAAUAAUUUUGACUUAAAUUUUGGAAGGAGCAGGAUGCCGAGUGCUAGUUAACCCUAUUGUGCAUUUUGUGAGACUAGAAACUUACUACGCCCAGUUAGAAAUAAUUCUGAUUUAGUAGUACAAAAUUGUCUUUUCAUCCAAAGUGAAUAUGCACGUAUGUUCUCAGAUUUAUACAUCAGAUUAUAAUGCACUUAAACACUAGAUUAGAUUUAUGUAUUUGAUUAGAUGUCAAACUGGCAGUUGUGGGUCUGAACUUCAGUGCAGUUUCAAAACAAGAGUGAAACUGUCAUGACCUAGCAUGUUGUGGAAAACACAAAGGCCAUCCCCCUUGCAUGCUUUACUACACCUCCUGUGGGUACAGCGUUCUGAGAGGCAGAAUCUCCAUUCGUGCCCAUGGGAACACGAGCUCACGGGAGGAAAUACUGCAGCUGUAGCUGCUUCACGCUAUUUAUCCCACUGCUAACAACAGUGUUGGCAGACAAACUCCAGUGUCCCCUUUCAUCUGCUUUGGUGAGAAGUUUGGUGUUUUAACUGAAACUGGAAUAGCUGAGGCUUGAGCACAUGCUCCUCUCCGUUCCUAUGGUGUUCACCCCCAUUAAACGGGCAGAAUGGGGAUGAACAAAGACUGGCAGCUUCUUGAUCUGCCACAAAUCAGUCUAGCACGGCCUGACCCAGACAAUUGACUGUCUUCCUUUUAUGCAUUGGCAUUCCAGUGUAUUUCUGGUUUUAAAUGAAACCCUUUUAUUAUAAUCAUGACUGAUUCUGUAUAGGAAAAGGAGCUAUUAUUAUAUCUUUUUUUUCCCGUAAAAAUAACAAAUAAGGUUAGAAACAAUAAUUACAUUUCUGUUACUCACAGUUACUGUCUGGCUUCUAAAUAAUUGCUGGAUGAUGAAUUCCUUUAUUCCUUUUCCAGGUAUCACUCAGAUAGCAGCUAAAAUUUGGUAUUGUGUUUUCACUAGUGACAUAUCUUGGUGUAACAUAACUUACAGCUAAGAAUGCAGUUUGUGCCAAAAUCUUCUUGGGUUCUUUUUGGAAGUGGAUUGCUUUAUCAGCCUGACUUAUCAAGGAGAACUGAUUUUUAUCUCAAACAAGACUGUAGUAGCAGUAAACACAGUUCACAAUGCAAAAAUUCCACAUUUCAGAGAGAGUUGCCAUUGUAAUGCUGUGAUAAAUACACUUGUUGCAGUGUUAUUAUGCAUGCCCUAUGUAACAAUAGUUAUUAGUAAAAAUAUAUAAUAAAAAAUAAAUUACGA